GGCGACUCGCCUAGAAACGGAGACAUGCAAGAAAUUGAAAUGGAAGAGGAGGAAGAAGAAGCGCCCGUCGUCCAUUUGGAGUUCUUCGACGAGACCCUUCAAAUACACGUCCUGAAAUCCCUCAACAUGAUGAGAAAAAACCGGCACUUCUGUGACGUUAUUCUUCACGUUGGCAACACUGAAGUACACGCUCACAGAUCGGUGUUGGCAAGCGUGUCUCCAUAUUUAUUCGAACUCUUCACUACCGAUGAGGACCAAAAAAGGGCAGAAAAUGUGAUCAAUUACAAGCUGAACGGUGGUUUCGACCCCAUAGCCUUCCAAAUUUUGAUUGACUAUGCCUAUACAGCAAAGUUGCAGGUCCAUUACAGUAAUGUUAAAGCAGUUUUCUCUGCCGCAAACAACCUCAAAAUGGAAAGAGUUACUAGAAUAUGCGCCCAACAUCUCAUCAAACAUCUUUCUGUAGACAAUUGCGUCGAAAUCAGAUCUCUACCAGGAAUAGCCAAGAAUAAAGAAUUCAUCCAGCAAGUGGACGCGUUUAUAAUGACAGAGUUUGCUAAAAUUAGCAAAAACAGCAACGUGCUAAACCUGUUUUGCGCCAGGAUAGAGGUCCUAAAUCAAUCCAGAGAAGAGAUGUCCUUGGUGAACGAAAACUCCCUCUGCAGACUGGUUCUCGAAUGGAUCAAACGGCAAGUCGCUGAAGAUAAUUUACAUAUAUCCGAUCUCUCCGAGAAAACUUUCAUGUUGUACCUUGCCAUAGAUAAUUCCCUACAAGACUGUUCCCGAGUUCCUUCGGGCGAUAUUAGUGAUACAGAGAUCGUGCAGGAUUAUAAGAAAUUGUCGUUGAAAGAUAAACAAGGGGCUACCAAAAACAAAAAGAAGGUGCUAGGCCAACCUACGAAACCUCGGGUGCUCAUUUACAACAGAGACAUCGGCGAGGAAUUCGAAAGCGAACUGGAACCUGAUUGGAACCUCAUCGCCACCGAACCAAUCGGAGAUCACAGCUUUUUGGCUCUAGUCACGUUAGCGGGAAAAUUGUCGACGUUGUCGAUACAAUUAAGAUUAAAUACGCCUUCAACUCCGUCUCCCGUCCAAACGCCCGACGCAAGCAGAUCAGCUAGUGAAGACAAACCCGAUCUGUAUUGCGCUGUUGCCAGUAUGUCGUGUCAUCGAUGCGCUCUUGGAUGUGGAAAUUAUAAUAAUACUCUUAUUGUUUGCGGAGGUUAUGACAGGACUGAAUGCCUACGAUCCGUUGAACAAUACAUUCCAGAAACCAAUACUUGGAAAAUUCUACCGCCCAUGCGAGAAAAUCGCGGUAGAUUCAAAAUAGCAGUCCUCAAUGAAAAAGUUUAUGCUAUAGGUGGUAGUAACGGUACUACAGAGCUGGACUCUGUUGAGAUGCUUGACUUCGGGAUUGGCAAGUGGGUGAAAAUGCCUAAAAUGCCUUUAGCACGCAGUAACAUGGGCGUGUGUACUUUGAACGACAGCAUUUACUGCAUCGGUGGUUGGAACGGGCAAGUAGGGAUCAAACAAUGCCACGUUUUUAGUCCAGAGGGCGGAAUUUGGACGUCUAUCGCUCCUUUGAAUAUAGGCCGUUAUCAAGCAGGCGUCACGUCUUAUAACAAUUUGAUUUACGCGAUAGGCGGUUCAGACGCUUGGAACUGUCUGUCAUCCGUCGAAAUUUAUAAUCCAGAGGGCAACACUUGGCAACAAUCCAAACCGAUUAUCACGGCUAGAAGGGGUUGCGCUUUGGCAGUUUUUAAUAACAGACUUUACGUUAUUGGAGGAUCUGAUGGGCAACAUUCUUUGAGUUCUACAGAAGUUUUCGAUGAGGAGACUCAGACUUGGACUUUCGGACCUUCUAUGACCACGCCGAGAGCUAAUAUGGAAGUUGCUGUCGUUGGAGACAGAUUGUACGCCGUAGGAGGUUUCUCGGGCAAAACAUUCCUAAACACCAUUGAAUAUUUGGACUUGAAGUCCAACGAAUGGACGACGUUCGUGCCCAAAGGUACCUGCGAAAUGUUGACCAGGCGAAAACCCAGAAGCCGCAAGAAUUCCAGGAAAAGCAUGUCUGAAGAUAAAAAGGUCUUGAAUUCGACCAGUACACCCAGCGAUAUUAAGGAAAAUUUCAUUAUGUCUGAUGAAAAUUCGUCGACGGAAAAGGACGUUACGGAUAAUUCGUAA